AUGCAAAGCAACGAAACUCCAACCUUUAACAUUUCCAAGAAUUCGGCAAUGGCAAAGGUUUUGCAGCAAUGUAAACUAAUAAUGUGGGAUGAAUGCACGAUAGUGCAUACAAAAUCUUUAGAGGCUUUAGAUAGAACCUUGAAAGAUCUACGGAAUAACCAAAACCAAUUUGGUGGCGCAAUGAUUUUAUUAUCAGUAGAUUUUUGCCAAACAUUGCCAGUGGUUCCACGUUCAAUGUAA